CGGCAGGUGGUGGAGGGGGAGUUUGCGGGGGAGGAGGUUAGGGAGGUGAGUUGUUUGUUUAUUUACCUAUAAUUUUUAUCUUGUUGGGGGUGUAGUGUUUAAGGUGGGAUGGGAAGAAAAGAGAAUAGAAGAUAUUGGCUUAUUCGGAAGAAUGGGAUAAGAUGGAAUGAGAUGAGCUAACAUACUAUUCCAUGUGGUAUAUUCAGACCCUCGUCACCUCCUUCUACGCCCUCGCAGACCGAAACCCAGAUAUAAUAAAAUGCGCCAAAUCGGAACUAGAACUCCACGCGGAUGCCAUCUUCCUCGCUACGGAAUCGCUCAUCAACCGGAAUGAAAAGACCAGGCAGUUGAAGGGCGAGUGUGUGCAUAUUCAUCGGUUGAAGGAUUAUUCGUUGCAUAUGGUUUUGAGUCCGGUGGAUUUCUUCGAUGCUGGUUGGGGUCAGCGACAUGGUUUCAGUGGAGUCAAAAUCCCCAGGCCUUUAACCGGUGGUAGACAAAUUGAUCUGCCGUCCGAGUAUCUGUUGAUUUAUGCGCCGCGGACUAAGGAGGAGGUGACGCUGGUGAUGGGUCUCAUCUCGGCCAGUUUGCGGUAUCUAACUGGUGCAGAGGUGCAGUGAAAGACGUCCCUAGCAGGAUUGGGAAUGGUGAGUAUGUCAUUCUGUAGAAUACGCUAGUAUAAUAUUGUACACUAGAACGAUAGCAAGAAAUAACCCCUCUUAGUUCAUUUCUGUUACAGAAUAUGGGGGGUGUGGUAGUUGCAGUGAUUUCAGAGGUGGGAAAGCCGACCUGCAAAGAAGCAGCCAUACCUACCUCCAGAUUUCCCAGAGAGACAAGUGACCAAGACAAUAAUAAAAUUGCAAUUCUUCAUUCUUCACUACUGAUACUUGCAGUGGACACGCC